AUGGCGGCGUCUUCCAGACAAAUGCUUAUUGAAUCGCCUCUUCUUGGAACUGAAAUCGACUUGGAAAACCUAUCUCGACAAACCAGCCUUUCCGCUGACGGCAGAAGACAGACUUCCCAGCAGCAGAGCCACCGAAGACUGGAGAUAUCGAUAGGAGAAAGUCUCAGAAUGAAUUCUCGGCGUGACACGAUUCCUGAUAAGGUCUUUGAAAUUCUCUCGGGCCACGAGUCACUGAAGAAGAACUAUCGCAAAAUCGCCCGACGACCCAACCUUCGCACAGCCGAACGUAUCUUUAUGUACAAAGCGACUAAUACAGAUGAACUUAAUUUCAGCAAAAAUGAUACUUGGUCCGGGUGUCUCGAGAGGAUUCUUUCUUCUAGAGAAAUAAAUGACGAUGCUGUGUUCGAAGUCUGCGUCAUUUCCAUUGAUACCACGAACAUCGGCCGUGCGUUCUCUUUCAUUGACAAAUUAUUUCUAAUCACCUAUGACCGCCGGCAACAAGCUUAUUCUUCGCUGAGUGAAAUGAUUAUACGGAUAUUACAUAUUCAAUGGAGACUGAGUGAUGAAAUAAUGGCCGAGGUUAUGGAAAGCCUUCAUGCAAAGCAGCUUUCUCUCUCGUCGUGGCAACCGAAGUUACCAUCUGAUCAGGGCCAUGCACCCAUUAACAUUGUUCCUCACGUGCCAUUGAAGUUUGAAUUCAAAUGGAUUCGUGCUCCGCACUACGCGACUGACCUUUCAGUAUACGUGUUCCGGCCGUAUGGAAAACAUCCUCAAGCAGAGACCUUGGAUGUUAUUUUGACAUCCAGUCAAUACGAGCAGGUGAGACGGGCAAUUGUGGUUGUGAACUCUCAUAAUACCUUAGCCAAGUUGCGAAGUGGCAAGUUCUUCACACAUGUUCUAGAGCAUAAUAUGUUUAGUCUUUCAUACAUCCUCCACCUCUUCGAAGCUGUAUGUUCAGAGGUCAUUGCUGGAUUUGUCACUUUCACGACACGGGCGUGCAAAGAGAUUAAUUAUCUGGUUUAUGAAGGACGACUUCGACCCUCUGGGAGCAAAAUGCAAUAUCUCCUUCAUCUGGAAGAUUGCCACCUUGUUACCAAGUCUUGCUGCAGGGCAAACAAACAAACUCUGCAGUCACUACUAGACAGAAUCAACUCUAUUCAAGGGCCUCGUGCUGAUGAGGAGAUGAACCAGAUUCGUCAUCUUGAACUGUUUAUGAAGGAUCUAGACUACCUGCACGAUGAAGUCGAAUCGUCUUUACUUAGGAUCUCAAAUAUACGUCACGAUCUUCGAGAAAAUCUGGACUUGCUUCAAAUCCAUCGCACUAGCAUUUUGGGGAUUCUCGCUGCAUUAUAUUUGCCUCUCUCAUUUGUGACCAGCUUUUUGGGCAUGAAUCUCAACCAGUACACCACCCCUCAGCCGUUUUGGCGAAACGCCACAGUUAUUGAUGGGACCACUUCGAACAAGCUUAUCGUGGAUUCCGGAACCAACCAAACAUGGUCCCUAGUGACCUUUUUCGCGAUUGCAAUGCCGCUCAUGGUUGGCACAAUACUUGUGCCACUUGUUAUUGGAAGUAUUAUUCGAGUACUUUUGCAAGGGCUUGCCCAAGGACGGACCUGGUGGCGCCUUUUGUUUGCUUUUGUUGUUCUCUGGUUGGAUACCAUAAUCUCGAUGAUGAAAGAGCGUCGAAUUGCUAACGGAUUUUCUACAGGUAUUCCAUCGUGA